UGCAGUGCAGGUCUGGCUAUUGUGCGGUAAAACAGCAUGCAGCAUACGUAGAGGAGAGCCUUUGGCAAUAAGUAAUCAGAGGGAAGGGGCACUCCAGCAGUGAUCCUUGGUGUGGCAGAAAAGAUCCUGUUGUCACCUUGCUACAGAAGGUACAAUGAACAAGAUGAAAACUUUCAAGCGGCGUUUUUCCCUUUCGGUUCCCCGGACAGAAACGAUUGAGGAGUCACUGGCAGAGUUCACCGAGCAGUUUAACCAGCUCAACAACAGAAAGAAUGAAGAUAUGGCACAAGGGCGCCUGCAUCUGAGUCAUCUGAGCAGGGACAUCCAGACGCAGCCCAGCUCCACUUCGCCUUUGGAAGGCCCGUCCCCAACCGCUGUGCGUUACCGAAAUGGCAACCAGCGUCGGUUUUCAAUGGAGGACGUCAGCAAGCGCCUCUCUCUGCCCAUGGAUAUUCGCCUUCCCCCAGAGUUCCUCCAGAAAUUAGAGAUGGAAAGUCCAGAGAUUUCAAAGCCUCUUAGCAGGAUGUCUCGACGGGCUUCUCUUUCAGACAUUGGGUUUGGAAAGAUGGAAACCUAUGUUAAACUGGAGAAGCUAGGGGAGGGCACCUAUGCCACUGUCUUUAAAGGGCGCAGCAAGCUCACCAAGAACUUGGUUGCCCUGAAGGAGAUCCGAUUAGAACACGAGGAAGGGGCCCCCUGCACAGCUAUACGGGAAGUUUCCUUGCUGAAGAACCUCAAGCAUGCGAACAUUGUGACCCUCCAUGAUAUCAUUCACACGAAAUGCUCCCUAACUCUUGUCUUUGAGUUUCUGGACAGUGACCUGAAGCAGUACCUGGAUAACUGUGGGAAUCUGAUGAGCAUGCACAAUGUGAAGAUCUUCAUGUUCCAGCUGCUACGUGGUUUGUCCUACUGCCACCAGCUUAAGAUCCUACACAGAGAUCUCAAACCACAGAAUCUGCUCAUUAAUGGGAAAGGGGAACUGAAACUUGCAGAUUUUGGUCUAGCCAGAGCCAAAUCUGUCCCAACAAAAACAUAUUCCAAUGAAGUGGUCACAUUGUGGUAUCGGCCUCCUGAUGUCCUACUAGGAUCCACAGAAUACUCCACUCCCAUUGACAUGUGGGGUGUGGGUUGCAUACACUAUGAAAUGGUCACAGGACGCCCCAUGUUCCCAGGAUCGACUGUAAAAGAAGAGCUGCAUUUAAUAUUCAGGACAUUGGGAACCCCUACAGAAGAAUCUUGGCCGGGCAUCACAUCCAAUGAGGAAUUCAAGGCAUAUAAUUUCACACAGUAUCGAGCCCAGCCAUUGAUAAACCAUGCACCAAGACUGGACACAGAAGGAAUCGACCUUUUGAUGAGUCUCCUCCUGUAUGAAGCCAAAAGACGCAUUUCUGCAGAAUCUGCCCUGCGGCACCCUUACUUUACGGCACUCGGUGAACAAGUGCACCUCCUUCCUGAGACUGCCUCCAUCUUUUCUCUGAAAGAAAUACAACUUCAAAAGGACCCUGGCUAUCGAGGCUCAAGCUUCCAGCAUUCUGCUCGAGGAAAGAACAGGAGGCAGAGCAUAUUUUAAACCUGGUUUAACUCAUUCAUUGCAUCACUGGGGAGAUCAAAGCACUGAGAGGGGAGAGGACCACGCAGAUCCCAUGGAGGCCACGCUCAGAAUGAUGAA